UUAUCGAGUGAGCUCCAAACCUCCUUCAGGAAUUACCGGUUUUCCCUUCAUAUCAAGUAACAUUAUCGCCUUUCACCUGUCUAUAGAGGAGAGAAUCCUAUUAGGAACCCCAUGCUUUCGAUACCCACGCCGAGCCCAUGCCCAUAGACAUCCCUAUAGGCCUAUAUAUUCAAGUUUCAGAAUGGCUGGUGUACUGACGGUGGUAGCAGAAGAGAUGGGGAGAGCCUUUGAAAUGGUGUGGAGUGGGGUGGGAGUGGCCAUUCGCCUUAACAACAAGCUGAUGACCACAGUGUUCAGGGCUGCAACUCGAAUUGUACAACUACUCUUGCUGCUUGUGAACAAAGCUGCAGAUCUGCUCUCUCUCCUGAUGACAGACUUACUCUUCUUCCUGAGUGACAUAGGGAAUGCAGUCCUCACUAUGGGUGUAGCAGUACACACAGGGGCCUUGACAGUGGUUAACUUUGUCUAUGGUACCUUCAUGUGCAUUGUAUCUGCAGUGAUGUACUCCUGUCAUCUUGUCCACACACUCUACUGUUCUAUUCUCUCAUGGAUAGUCCUUGCCUUUGGACAGCUGGGCAAUGCUCUUAACAUUGUUAAGCACUUUUUUGUCCUGUUUGGCUCAUCAGUCAUAUUCCUCAUCAGCCUCAUACCAAAUUUGAUAUAUUUAACAUUCACAGGGCUGAUUCACCUGUGUUCUUGUGCUUAUCUUGCAUGUAGCCAGAAAGUGUACAAUGCUUGGCUAACAGCAUGCUAUAUAGGGGAUACAUGCAUCUCUAGCAUAGUGAAUUUUCUAUGUGACAUUCCUGUAGAAGCAGUUAUUGGUGCUGCAGUUGGGUCUGCAGUCUUAGUUGGACUCAAAUAUGUCCUAGUUUAUAUGAUGGAUAAUUUGAUUCUGAUCCCUGACAUGCCUCUGCCUUCCCUUCUCGUCAUCAUGAGGCGGAGAUUCUUCAGAUGGUACACAGCAAUAGUACAAAGAGCUCACCUAGUACCACCAAUGGAGGAUGACACAGAGGAGGAAGAACUAGAUGACACCAGUGAUGAAAAUGGCAAUGAUAAUAAUGAUAAUGUACCUGACCUGAAUCUACCUCAGAAUCAGAUGUUCAUAAAUCAGAUGCAGAUUCCCCAUCCACAAGUGAAUGUAGCAGGAGGUUCGCAAAAUGCCCAAAUAAACAGAGCAGGUGGAUCACACAAUCCACCUCCACCAGUGGCAGCACCAAUCAUUCCUGAUGGACUGGCUAGAAGGCCACUCACAAGGCAGCGAUAUCGUCUUCAGCAGGAAGAGGAGGAGGAGGAAGAGCAGGAAGUGGCUCCCAUGCCAGAAGUUGCACAUGCUGAAGUCAAAAGGGAAGGAAGAGAAGCAGUAGCAAAUGAAAAUGGCCAGGCCUACCAGCUCUAUAGGGAACUAGAGCAGGAACGUGAAGGUCGUUUGUGCAUAGUGUGCCAAGAUCAACCAAAGUGUGUGAUUCUGCUUCCUUGCCGCCACUUGUGUCUGUGCGAUGCUUGCCGUUCAGCUAUUAUCACAAGAGACAAUAUCUGUCCUGUAUGUCGUAGACCAAUUAUGCAAACACUUAGGGUUUACGUCUGACAGUAGAAAUGUAUUUUUAUUUUAUUAUAAGAAUUUGAUAGAAAAGGAAAAAUGUUAAGAUCAGUGAAAGAAGUUGCAGUGUAGUGAAGAUAUUAUUAUUACAAACUUGAGUAUACAUGGCACUGAUUUCUUAAAAGCACUAAUCAAUUGUGCUUUGACUAUUGAAACACCUGAGCAAGUACAGCAAAUGUAUAUUGCUAAAUGUGUCGAACCAAGGUUUUAUAGCCAUUGAAGUCAAGGGGCUGUACAAGGCAUAGUCAAAACUCUUAAUGUGGCCCUAGAUUAGAGGGAGUUUUGAAGCUUCUUUCACAGCGUGACUUAUCUGUGACUGUCCAUACGUUUAGGGUGCCAUGUUAUACAGCAGUGUUGUUUUUUCUCCCUUUGGAAGAACACUAUUUGUUUGUGAAAGAUGUAUUUUGUGUAUGAUUUUGUACCUGGUGAUAUGAAAGUUUUUUUGUUUUUUCUCUCUUCUUUUCUUUGGAAAAAUAGAUGCGCUUUCUAUGGUCUUUCUUUGUUAUAAUUCUAUUCACAGUUCAGUACUUGAAGUUCUAAAAAAAGUAUAUCAGAAUAGUUUUUAAAAGUGUCAGUUACAGAUUAUAGAUACAAGAUAAGUAUUUUAUUUUAUUUUAUUUUUAUUUUAUUUUAUUUUAUUUUAUUUUUUUAUUUAUUAUUAUUUUUUUUUUUACAGGCUAUAGGAAGUAAAAAUUCAGAAAAAUGUUCAAAUAUUAUUUAUGGAAUGCAUACUAAGUUUGGCAAGUAUGCACAGAUGACGUCAUAAAUUUGUGCCAAAAACUUCCCACCGGUCUUGUCAAUAAGAUCAUUAGUUCUUAACUGCUCUGAAAGUUAUAAGUUUAGAUCAUUAAAUCAAUUUGUUUUUGUCAGUUUUCCAAAGCUGUCUUUGAAAAUAAUGAUAGAGUAUUCCUGUGUUCUAUUCUAAGGAUUUGUUGCACUGUAUUUUGUAUUUUGUUUUUUCCAUGGCUUCUAAAAGAAGAAUUAAGUAUUGUACAUUAUAGUUUUAUUUAUUUAUUUAUUUUAUUUAUUUAUUUUUUUUUAGCAUGCAGAAAAAAUAAGCUGAAAACAUAAAAUUUAAUAAACAUUAUUAUUUUUUUUAUAAUGAACUCUUAGAAUAGAUUGCAGAGAAAGAGAGAGAAAAUUGUAUACCAGGUAUCUUAGAGGAUUUUUUUUUUUAUUAUUAUUUUUCACCGUCACCGCUUCACUGUGCAUUAGGGAAUACCAUUCAUACUGUCCUUGUACCUGACUCGCUUUUUUUUUGUUUCCCAGUUGUUUUGUGUAAAUCUCUUUUUAUUUCCAAAGCUUUAUUUAACUUUGAUUAUCUCUGUCAGAAAACUGUGCAAUUAGGUUACAUAAUGUGAUAAAAAAAACAUAAGAAAAAUUAUUAUUUUUAUUUUUAAGGUAUAUUCUGGCUCUUUUUUUUUUGAAACUGUCGUUACAAUUUGUAUUACAUUUUUAGAUACCUUGUGAAGGAAUUUUUUGGUUCUUUUUGUAAUCAGUUACUGGGCCUAAUUUUUCCUAUAUAUAUAUAUUUGAUUUUUUAGGUAUUAUAUAUUUGUAUCUUCCAUACUCAUAAAAUUAUGCUAGUAAUUAACAGUGCAAUUUGGCCAUUUUUGUUUUGUUUUCAUGCAUCAGCUAUUGAUGAAGGUCUCUCUCUCUCUCCUCCCUCUUCUCGCUAUCUCUCUUUCAUACUCUCAUUCUUUCUUUUGUUUUAAUCCCUUCAUUUAUCUUACAUGUGAUGGAUUCCAGACCUUCAACCAUUCCUUUAACUUACAAACCAGACAUGUUCCUCUUGCAACAAGAAGUUCAAGGUACCAACAGUAUAGUAUUUUUAACCUGUGGCAAUUUUACACACCAGGAGUGAUGAUGUGCAUUUUGUCCCAUCCCUGUCGUAAGUUCUUGUCAGUGUUACAUCCUCUGAUUGCUCUUCAGAAUUUUAGUAUUGCUGCUGUUAUAAUCAUUAUUGUUAUUAUUUUCCUUAUAUAGCCAAGCCAAGAUUUUAUCCCUGUUUAUUUCUGCAUUGUAGCAACAUGUUCAUUUUCUUUGAAACUCUAGUAAAUUUUUGAAGGAAACUAAGUGAAUAUAAGAAUCAUAUUUUAUUUUGUUUAUUUAUUUAUUCAUUUUAGAGGAUUAUUAAUAUUUUGACUUACAAGUGUCAUCAAUAUUAUCUUUAAUAUUACUAUUAGGAUUCUGAGGUUAUUUGAAUGAUUAGUUCUAAUGGUUUGUGAAUACAGUUAUUUUUUAUACUGAGGCCAUGGUAGUUUUAUAAUUGUUACUUUCUUAAUUAGACUAUUUUCAUGAUUCAGUGAUAUGUGUACUUAAGAAUUGUUUGCAUUUCAAUAUACUUUUCAUAGUUAAUGUUGAUAGCCAGAGCUAUGCAACACAGUCAAAGUGUAAGAAACCAAGCUCUCACAGAAGCUCCUCUCUGAAGCAGAGUUCCACCACAUUCUCUAGAUCUCUCUCAUUCAUUCAUUCAUUUUCUCUCUUACCUAUUCAUUCAUCCAUUCUCUCUUGAUCAUUUGUUCAUUCACACACACUCUUUGUCCCAUUUUAAGUGUUUUCAUGCAUUCAUCCAUUCAUCAGUUUGCCCUCUUUCCAUCUGUUUGGCUGAACCAGAGGCAUUAUUAAAAGACUUGUAAACUGCUUGGUCAAUAAAAUAUUCCUACACAGCCUCAUAAUAAUCCACUCUAGACUUUUUUUCUGCUCCUACAGCCUCCUUUACAACUCAUCUACUUCAUCCAUAAAACAAGUUCGUCCUAAAGGUUCAUCAGAUCUGGGAACACAACAGGCAUUUCUUUGUCAGCCAUAAGCUAGAGGUUAGAUGCAAUCAGGGUCGGUUUCUGUGAAAACUUCUUAUCCCAUUGAAUUCCUAUGUUGAUAAGAAGUUGUAAGUAAUGCCAAAGAAUAGAUUUUUUGGCAAAAUAAAUACAGGACUGGUAAUCGCCUUUAGAUGAGAAGGAGUUAUUGGUAUUGUAAUAUUCUGUAGUUUUUUUUUUCCACAUUUGAAUAUAUUUCUAAAUGUUUGUGAAUCAUUUCCAUAUACAGAAUGAUUUAAGAAUGUAUUGCAAGAGACAAAUGCUUUGAUUUGAAAUGGUAUAUUCAGUUUAUUUGGAAUUUAUAUAUUAUGAUUAGCAGCAUGGGAUUCAGGAUAAUUUCUGGAUAAUUGUGAAAGUUGGGUAUUUUUCCUUAGAAUUGAUAGUAAUUUUAUUCAGUUUCUUAUACAGAUUUUUUUUUUUUAAUGAUAAUGUAUGUUAUAUUUUUUUCUUUUCUUGAUUGUUUCUUGUUUUCUUUUUAUGAAAAUUAUUACAAAGAUGAAUUUAUAUCUGAUGAUUAUUAUUAUUAUCAUUUAUAUCAUUAUUACUAUUAUUAUUAUUACAUAUUCUUGUACAAAAUAAGUUUAAUUUUUCUCAGUCUUUAAUAUUAGAGAAUUUACCUCACUGCUGGAAAAAUGCCACGCUUAUAAAGCUUCCAAUAAUUUUAAUGCUGGAAGUUAGUUUCCUUGCUAGAGAACUUUCAUAUCUUUUGGAUUUGUAUAUCCUAUGUAAAUUUUGUGAUAUUCUGAAAUGAGCAAAUUUAUAGAAUGUAAGCUAAGACGAAAAAAAAAGGCUUUUUAUGAAAUUGCUUGUGAAUGUUUUACACUCAAUUCUUGAAAAAGAAAGAAUACUGUAUGACUAAUGUGAAAAGUGCAUUAUUUGUAUAGAUGGCUAUUUGACAGGGUUUGUUUGACAGACCCGUGAGAAGAAUGGAGAUAUGAUUAUGUACAUGUCUUUAUAAUAUAGAUGAUCAAAAUUUUACUAAAA